AGCCUAGGCCCGCACUCUGUCAGCCUACCACUAAUUCUAAAGGGGCGCCUGGUCAGAAUGGCUGUCGGGUGGUUCUACUUGUCCUUCUAUGCACUGUCGCUGCUGGGCCUGAUGUGCGUCAUCCUCACCAUCUACUGGAUGCAGCUGUGGCAUGGUGGCUUUGCCUGGGAUGGCACCAGCCGCCUCAUGUUCAACUAUCACCCCGUGUUCAUGGUCGCUGGCUCAGUGGUGGUCUACAGUGCUGCAUCGCUGGUGUACCGCCUGCCGCAGUCGUGGGUGGGGCCCAAGCUGCCAUGGAAGAUUGGCCACGCAGUCCUGCACCUGCUGGCCUUCAUCCUGACCGUGCUGGGGCUGGUCGUCGUCUUUCAGUUUCACAACCACGAAAACACCGUCAGCCUCUACUCCCUGCACAGCUGGCUGGGCAUCGUCACCGUCUUCCUUUUUGCCUGCCAGUGGUUCCUGGGCUUUGUCGUCUUCCUGCUGCCGUGGGUGUCCGUGUGGCUGCGCAGCCUCCUUAAACCCAUCCACGUCUUCUUUGGAGCUGUCAUCCUCUUUCUGUCCAUUGCGUCUGUCAUUUCCGGCAUUAAUGAGAAGCUCUUCUUCAGUUUGAACAACACCACCCAGCCAUACUCCAGUCUGCCCAGUGAAGCUGUCUUUGCCAACAGCACUGGGAUGCUGGUCGUGGUCUUUGGGCUACUGGUGCUCUAUAUCCUCCUGGUUUCGUCUUGGAAACGCCCAGAGCCAGGGAUCCUGAGCGAAGGACAGCCCCUGUUGCGUGACGGGGAGUGA